AUGGCGUCUUUUCGGAAUCGGCAGUGGGGUUUUCGUACGCUCACCAAGGCCCCGCGGGCGAAGGUCGGGAAUCAACGGGCGCGGCGGCGGAUGCGUGUCGAGGGGCUCGAAGACCGGCGGAUGAUGGCCGUCGUCGUCAACGAGAUCCAUUACAACUCGGCCGACAACACGAGCCUGGAGGAGUUCGUUGAGCUCCACAACACGGCGGCGACACCGGUCGACCUGUCGGGCUGGCGCUUCAGUGACGGGGUCGAGUACACGUUCGCCCCUGGGCAGACGAUUCCCGCCGGCGGUUACGUCGUGAUCGCGGAGGACCCAGCCGGUUUGUACAAGGCGUUCGGCGUCACAGCGAUCGGGCAGUUUUCGGGCGGGCUGAACAAUGACGGCGAACGCAUCGCCCUCUCCGAUGCUCAGGGCGACCUCGUCGAUGAGGUCGAGUACGGCGCGACGUUCCCCUGGCCGAUCGCUGCGGACGGCGGCGGCGGCUCGAUGGAACUGAUCAACCCGCUGCUGGACAACAACCUCGGCAGCAACUGGCGGCCAUCUUACCUCGUGCCGCUCUUCGGUGAGACGAAUGAGCAAGAGCCCGCCAGCGCCGGUGCGCUUAACGACCUCGUGCACCGCUGGAGUUUCUCAGGGAACCUCGACGACAGUGUCGGCAACGCCGACGGCGCACUCGUUGACCCGCAAGGCCUUGCGUCCUUCGGUAGCGGCGUGCUCGACGUCAGCGCCAACAGCGGGCAAGGGUCCAAUCAAUUCCCGUUUAACUCGGGCGCCUACGUCGACCUGCCGAACGGCAUUGUUUCAGACCUGGGCAAUGACGCCACCUUCGAGUGGUGGGGGACGAUCACCCGCAAUCGGACCUGGGCGGAAAUCUUCUCUUUCGGCACGAGCGACGCCGGUGAGGACCGUUCGCCCAGCGCCAGCAACCAAGAUUACAUCACGCUGAUCCCGCAAUCGGGGAACGGCACGCUGCGGGUCACCCACCGCUUUGGCGCGUCGGGGUCAGAGAGCUCGGCGGACUGGAGCGAGGCGCCGGAGCUGAACGUCGAGCACCACUUCGCCGUCACGUGGAACAGCGAGACCGAGUUGCAAACGUUGUACGUCAACGGCCAGCCGAUCGCGAGCAGUCCGACCCUCAUCGACCUAGCGGACAUCAACGACAACAACAACUGGCUCGGUCGCUCGCAGUGGAACGACCCGCUCUUCGAUGGCUACCACAACGA